AUGUUUACCUCUGGACCACUGUGGGCUGUAAUUGCCGGUCAUCUGUGCAAUAACUACGUUAAUUAUACCCUUCUCACUUCGUUGCCAAUCUUCAUGAAAGAAAGCCUCAACUUUGACAUCAAACAGAAUGGAGCGCUGUCAGCACUGCCCUACUUAUGUCAGUUCGUGGCCUCUUUAGGGGUCGGUUAUAUGGCGGAUUUGUUGCUCGAACGAGGUUUCUUGACCACUAAAAGUGUUCGCAAGUCUUUCCAGUGUUUCUCCUUUGUAGGGACUGCCGUGUGUAUUGCUUGUGUUGGACUAAUGAACUGUGAGAUGCGACAGUUGGCGGUGGCUCUGCUGUGUUUGUGUACCAUCUUCAUGAGCUUCAACCGGGCUGGCUAUAACGUCAAUCAUUUGGAUUUAGCUCCAAGUUACGCCGGAGUGUUGUUUGGCAUCACCAACACUGCAGCAACUAUCCCUGGCAUGGUGGCUCCGUUGAUAGCAGGAAUUCUAACCCCUAACGGGACGGCUGAAGAAUGGCGGAAUGUAUUCUACGUCUGCGCUGCUGUAGCUGCAGCAGGAGCUCUCAUUUACUUCGUUCUUGCUGAAGGCAGUCUCCAGCCAUGGGCGAUUCCUCCAGAGUCGAACCUUGAGAUGCACAUCGUUGCCGAGCUCCAGGUGACGCCUCUGACUGCUACUGACCAGGCCGGUGCCAGCGAUGGUGAUGUUAACAUUCCU